AUGACGCAUUUGGCUCGAAAGUCCUUCUGGCUGGUAUCUGUGGAGAUUCCAUUGUAUGCGAACAAGAAGCUCGUGAAGUUAUGGGGGCGGAAGGGCGGGGGGCUCGCGCUCAAUGCGACGGCAAGAUUGUCGGUCGAGCACCCAGCAACCAAAGUCAAGGAUGGGCAUGCAGAGGGUUACGUGUCGAGGGCAAGGACCAUCCUCCUGCGCUUAUGUCGCAUGAGCCGCAUGGAAUCGAUGGAAUCGUCGGACCAGAGACCUGAGCGAGAGAGUAAGAUGAUAUUUCAGAUUGCAGAUUGGAGAGAUCGCGAUUCGAUUUGCCGUGAGACCUGCGAGUCGGGGACUUACGUAGGACCCGCGGCAAAAGCAUUACCCCGUGCGUCGUGCAUGAGGAAGGGCGCGACAAUGGAUCUGCAAUGUCUAUCGUCGUGGCUGCGAGAGCCUCCAGCAUGCGCGGACUGGCGUGACUGUUCCCCACACAGGAAAAAAAAAAUCCCCCGUACACCACGCCCGCUUCCUCUUCACCCCACCAAGAUACAACACAACGCGCUGAGCCUUGGGGCUCUGUUCACCAUGUCGCAACUUGACUCGGUCAUCGCGACGUCCACCAUUCUCCUCGAGCAGUUCCAGAACACCCUUUCUCCUGCUUCCGCUCAGUCGGCGCCACCAAACAAAGAUGUGGACGCUUUGCCCCUCCUCACGGCUUCAUCGGCUGCGCUCAGAGCCCAAGUCACCAAAUUAUCCUUAUUGGCUAUUACCACGCCCUUCACACCCUCAGCGGUCGUUACUAUCCUUCGAGCCUGCAACGAAAGCGUCCUUCCCUCAUUAUUGACCGCCGCACUGCUCGUCACACCAACUGCAUACACCAAAGCGUUUCACUUGGAAGUAUGGCAUCUUGUCAAAACCACUUUGGCAGAAUACUCAAAUUUGGUCCAAGCUGUCAAAAGCAUCUCGGGCAAAAAGGAACAGGCGAAACAAAACGAGCCAGCCAAAAAAGAGAAGGAUCUACCCCAGUCCGAUAAGAACGAAGUCACGGUCGCAACUGGGCGGGUUUGGGAUUCCUGCGAUAUGGUAACCCAAAUCGCCGCAAAUGGGGUGGUGGGCUUUAUUGCUAGUCGCGUCGAGCAGUGGAGGGAUCUUGUCAAAGAUGCCGUGCAAGAGCUCGAGGAGUGGGAUCCGGCGGAGGAUGAGGAGGACUUCUUUGAUGAUAUCCUAGGUGAAGAUAAAGGAGACGACGAGAAAGAUGGAGAUUCGGACGGUGGAUCGGACGACGAAGAAAGUACUGCCGCACUACAGGAACAAAAGAAGACCGUUCUGCGCUUCUUGAAGCCGGUGGCACAGGUCUACCCUGCCAUAAACAUUCAUCGACUAAAGAAUACCAAAAACAUACCUCUGUCGUCUGGCGAGCGGGUUGAUAAACUGGAGAAGCUGAUGACAUACCUUCAGCGUAUUCCUGAUCAACUGGACGAAGCUGCGGGGGGUCUUUACGAAGAAGACAUGGAUCGCUGUAUAAAGUUCUUGCGGAAGAUUCGUGUGAAUGCGACCAAGGCCGUGGAGCUGGUAACCCAGCCAUGGUCUUCGGAUGCUGCAGGCGAUAACAAAGCAGAAGAUAAGUUCACUACUUGGUCUCGGACUUGGCUCAAAGUCAUGGACGAAGUGAGUAAGUCUUUUGAGCCUGAUACAAAGGAGGCCGCAAAAUAA